CGUCGCAAGGCUGCCGACAUCGCCUAUGCAUCAUGGCGGCGCCCAAGCGCGGUGGUCUGGAGAAAGCAGCAGCUAGUGUUUUGACGAGAGCUGUUGAACAUGACCAAGCGGCACGCUACACAUCUGCACUGGUAUGCUACCAAGAAGGAAUACAGCUGCUUAUUGACGCGCUUAAAGAAACUACAGACACUAUCAAGCGCGAUCAUCUUAGGAACCGGGUGAAGACGUACAUGGACAGAGCCGAAAAAAUUAAAGAACAGGUUCGAAAAGAAAAGGCAGCUGGAACAUACCACGAGCAAAUCCACAUCGAAAGCGGCUCUGUUGGACAUAGUUAUGAUCAAACGUUCGGACAUUUACUGGAUGACAUGGUGACAUCCGUAGAGGUCGACGACCCUUACGUUCGGUCGGUGCACCAGGUUCAGAACUUUGUUCGUUUGUGUGAGCUACUAAAAAAAAAGUGCCCAUGUUUGAGGAGUAUCAAGCUGACGACGGGACUUGACCAGCGUGACCAGCAGUCUCAGCUUGAUAGGUUGUUGCAAGUCAAGACAAGUCUUGCUGACAAUGGCAUUGUCAUGGCUAUUGAGUAUUCUGAAACCCUGCAUGAUCGAGAAAUAAGGCUAGACACAGGCUGGAUUAUCAAGAUAGGAAGAGGGCUGGACUACUUUCGCCCAGCUGCCACCAAAUUCAGUCUUGGUUACUUCGACCAUGACCUGAGAACUUGUCACGAGACAACCAUUGACAUCUUUCAUAGAAACUAUGUUCAUACAUCGUAAGAAUUCACUAGUUUUCAACAUCUUGUCUAUAUAAAUAAAU